GAUCAGUUGGUUAGGACACAACACACAUUGAUUUAAAGGAGUGCAAGGCAAAAGCAGUGCACCAUUAAAAAUGGCUCUCAGGCCAAUUGGCUGGAUAUGUGGAGAGCUGGUCAGGAAGUUUGCAGGACAAGCCGAGAUAAUACAGAGAGCCUUCCUGGAAAUUAUAGAUGAGAUUAGGGAUGAAUUCCCAAACUUAUUGAGACUGACAAGUUCAAACCAGCAAGCAGAGGCUGUUGUGCAGGAGUCUGAGUCUGGGGUGGCCAAGGUAUUCUCUUCAGCUCAUGGAACAGCCAUCAUUAAUGGGCUAAAUAAACUAUCCCGAUCUUCAAAGUCAAUGGCUAAACUUUUGCAGCCACGACUUGCUAAAAAUUUUGCAGAGCUAAAUAUGAUUUCAAGCCGUCUCUUGAAAAAUAUAAACGCUCCCAAACAGCCUAUGUAUAAAAUGAAGGACAGAAAGUUGUGCUUUUAUGAUGUCAUUUCUUAUCCAGCAAAAACCGCCCUUACUGGAGUAAUGUGUGCUUCUUAUGCAGCACUAAUUUAUCUGGCAAUCGCCAUCUGUAAAAUACUGGAAAAAUUAAAAAGGAUUGUUGAAACAGAAAAGCCAUCCAGGGAAGGCAGUAGCAAUGGUAUCAAUGGAAAUGCUAUUCCCAGAGCAGCUGAAGCAGCAAGUUCCUCUGCAUCUUCUGACACACAGCAAGCACCUUCCAAGUGCACCAUUAAGGCAUCAAAGAACAGUCGCAGCAUCUAUACUCUACAUUCAGCACUGGAUUCAGAAAAUGGACAGUAA